AGACGCCCCCGAACCCGGAACUGCGAUUGGCCACAGGCACAACCGCGGCCCCGCCCACUCACUGAGGGAAGUAAAUAAGUUCCUGCAAGAAUUUUUGCAGUAGCUCCGCCUCAUCCACUGCGCGAGGGGAGGUGUGGCUAGCACCGGGGGGCGGGCCUAUGGAAAGAUUGCCCUUAUGGGGGCGGGGAGACGAACCCGGCUCCUGGGUUUGAGGGUAGGGUUUCUCUUUGGGGGCGUGGCUUACGGAUCCAAGCUUUCCCGCCGACGGUUGGCCACGUCACGUGACAUGGGUUGGAAGAUGGCGUCUCCCACGGACGGGGCAGAUCUAGAAGCAUCUUUGCUAAGUUUUGAAAAACUUGACCGGGCUUCACCAGACCUUUGGCCAGAACAGUUACCAGGUGUUGCUGAAUUUGCAGCUUCCUUCAAAAGUCCUAUUACUAGCUCUCCACCCAAAUGGAUGGCUGAAAUAGAACGUGAUGACAUCGACAUGUUGAAAGAACUGGGGAGCCUCACCACAGCUAACUUGAUGGAGAAGGUACGAGGCCUUCAGAACCUGGCCUAUCAGUUGGGGCUGGAUGAGUUUUGCUUGGCCCCAGAGUUCCUUCCAACCUUACUGACAACGCCUGUUGUUGGGCCAUGGAACCAGAGAGAUGACACGGGGGAAAUUCCUCAACAUUCUAGAGAAGCCCAAGAAGUAGCAGCUGCUUGUGGACAGGAUGUCCUGGGGCCCGGAACCAUGCUUCCUUCCCAGUGCAGCUCUGAAGAUGCACACCUCACUGCUUCUUGACCAGAGGCCAGAGGGUGCACUCCAGAAUUCACCCGCUCCCCUGCUUCUGGCACUCUGCGCCUCUGAGGACAUUCGGCAGCAAGAGAAGAAUCUGCUCUACCCAAGGAUCGGUGCAGUUAUUCCAUCAGCUUCCAGACUUUGACCGUCUCAACCUCGGAUGUCGGUGACACCAGAGAGCAUAUCAUUCUUAAAGGUCAAAGUCCUGCUUUCUCGUUUCCAGAAGUGAUUCAGGAGUUCCAGGAUCUUACAGUUGAUUUGAUUCAGUGAUGGCAAAGUCAGUUAAGACAUGUUGAUUGGACAAGUUCCUUUGAAUUGUACUUCAUCUCUUAGGAAGUAUUUAUGAUGCUAGGAGACCAGAGGCCAAUUAGGUUCUGGACCAGUUAGGUUCAGAUCAGGGUGCAGUUUGACCUGCGAACCCACCAAUGUAUACUAGGUUCCAGGAAUCCCCAGCUAGAGAAAUGCUUUUGAAACUCUACACCUCUCACGAUAGUCGCAUCCCUCAAUGCCUUCUGUUCCCCACCUCCAAGGGACCCCAUGUGUUUUGACUCUGGGGAGCGGGAUCCCUGUGUACCAAGCCCCUCCUGGGAUUAGCUUGUACAGUGAAAGGUGCAUGCAGGGUUGCAUUGGGUUCUAGAUAUCAAGACUAGCUUAAAGGUGAUGGAAAGGACUUUUGAGUUCUGGUUAAUCUGUUACAGAUUCAAGUGAGAAAGUAGGUAUGGUCUGAAAGAUAGGAGGAGGGGAUUGAGUACAGGAGUUCCCAUUUGAUUAAAAACUAGAAAUUCUAAUUGACCUUAAAGGAAUGUGCUGUGGAAUGGUGGCAGUAUUUUGCCUGCCUGCCCCCCAUCCCAUCUCAGCACAGAUUAGAUAGUGCACUCAUAUAAUAGAAACACACACACACACACGAGAAAGAAUUUCUUGACUCUACAAUUCUUAUGGAGCUCUUUGUCCAUUAUCUAUGUUAAGACCUGAAAAUCUAGCCCAUGUUUAAAAUUGAUUAUAAGUAUUCUCCUUAUUUUGUCUUGUAAGCCAGUCCCCAGCUUCUGUUAUUUUGAGAAGUUCAUGGGGUUUCCUAAACUUUAUGAAAAGAACAUCCAUGUGGCAGUAGUGUGUUAGUGUUUAGACACUAGGGACGUUGUGGUCAAGGUUUUGAUGCUGAGUGUCUGGUUAGGGUACAGCACUACUCAGUUUAAUAGCUGGUCCAUUAGCCAUUUUCUGCCUUGUUUCCCAUGCUAGAAUUAAGGUUGGAUUUUUCUUUCAUUUGCUUCCUUUGACCAUCCAUGCAAUUUUACUUAUUGAUCAGGGUGGGUGGAAUUUAACACAAGACAUUAAAAGAGAGUAUGAGAAGGCAAACAUUCUGUUUGGAUGCGAUAUAUAAGGUUAGGCUAGAGAGGUUUUGAUUUUAAGUAAAGCUUAUCAUUGACAUUCCUUUAUCUUAAAUGCGGUUAAAGAAUGUAAAAGAUGGGGAGAGAGAAAGAAGGAGGGCUGUGCAAAAGAAUAAUGCCACAAUGUCAGAUUUUAACUUUGCUCUGUUUUUUUGAGUUAAUGGUGUCAGGCACUUCUAAGUGCUUGGGGAAAUUGAGAAAUAGAUGGAGAACAUUGGGAUACCUCCCUCAAACCAACUCCAGUCUGUAAACUGGUUUUGGGGUCUGCUUUGGCCUCUUCCUUUUACUGUCAUCUUAUCCACCAGCACUUAAUAUACGUAGAUGUUUUAGAAUUGCAAUAUUUAUUGGUUUUGUAUUUGCCGUCCUUAGAAAUGUUAUUGAUUUAUUUUUAUAUUGAUAAUAUAAAUUUAUGUACAAUGUGUGCAUGUAUGUAUUUUAGGGUGUUAGAGGAUUGUACUUUGUGUAUGGUGGUUUCUGUGUCGUCAUAAUAAAUAUGUACCUUUUAUUAGGA